CUGGUGACAACAGAAAGCAGAGCAACGGCACGAUCGGCUGCCACUCGAUGCUUCAGAGAGGACGGGACACAACAAAGAAGUUUCUCGUAAGAAGACGAGGAGAAUCGAGAGAGGAGUGGACAGGAAAAUCCACUUUGUCAUUUUGCUGUUCAUAGCGAGGCUCAAAGGAAGAGAGUAUCUGAAAAGGAGCCGCACCCAUCUGUAAUCUCCCACAAAUCUCCUUCAUUCCACCUCCCUCGUCCGCUCCUUUAACAGCUGACACCACUGCACCUGACCAGCGGCGUCUCUCCCUUCAACCCAUCACACGACCAUGGACCGGUCAGCGCAGGAGCUGUUCCUCAACUUCAUGAUCGUCUUAAUCACCGUGCUGCUGAUGUGGCUGCUGGUGAGAGCAUACCAGGAGUGAACCACGGAGCUUGAAGUGAAGAGUGAAUGGGAGGCAGAGAGUUGCAGCGAUGUUGGCGUGUAACAAAGCCAGUAUGGAUACUAUAGGACUUAGUGCAGACAAAGUGUUUACAUCUUUUCAUUACUUUAGACUAUGAUCACUUUGGCUGACAAAGACAAAGCGGUCUUGAAUCUGUACUUGCAUUCUGAUAUGUUUGAAUGUGGCCUUGAAAUUCUGGCAAGUGCCAGAAGGUUAAAUCAUUGUACAAUUGGGAAGGUGAAUAAAAAUAACUGAACUGGGA